UUCCACCUCGUCUAAUGAGCAGACAAAUUAUGAGGUAAAACCCUAACACACUGAACUCCACGGCGAAACGCCGAAAUCCUCCUACAUACCUCGUCCAAAGCCAAUUGGCUAGCCAUUCCCUCACCGGAGCCACCGUCGGCACCGCCUUAACCUAACAUGGCUUCUCCUCUGAGAAAGUUCUUGCUUAAAAGUUCUUCCGGUGAUGUCAUCGUCCGGCGUGAAAUGAGGAGAGCCAAAUCCGACUCUACCACCAAAAUGCAGAUAAUGAUUCGAUCGUUCGAGUCAAUUGACAAAAACCUUCAUUGGGAGCUUCCACCUGACACACGUAAGAUCGGCUUGCCUUCGACACGAUCCUUGUUCACUGUGUUAAAAUCACCUCAUGUCCAUAAAAAGGCAAGAGAACAAUUUGAAAUGAAAAUCAACAAGGAAAUGCUGGUUAUGGAAACGAAAAGGCAUGAAUUACGCAAGAAAUUAUUCUGGUUAAAAAGGCAGCGGAUCUUUGGAGCUCAAUUUGAAAUCCUAUUUUCUUUCAAGACUCGAUUGGAUAAAGCACAGCUUCAGGAAGUUCUUCAGCCUGGAGUGAAGGAUGUUUCUAAAUACAACAAACUUGAAGAACGUUCUGUGAUGCAGGCACUUAAUUCUUUGGCACAUGAAGGUUUCUAUUCGGAUGCUGUUGAGACUUCCUUGAACUCAGUUGAAUCUUCUCUUCCAGCAAACAACACAUCAGCGUUUCCUCAAGGGCUUGCGCUGAUGCUUCGUUCUGUUCCCAUGGAACUUCUGAAAGCUAGAGUGGACAAGAAAGGAUCAAGAGCUGUAUCUACUCAAUUGAUAGAAAAAUUCAUUUUAAAUAAUCCUCAUCGCCCAAAUGUCGAAGCUCAGCCUGAUCCAGAGAAGGCUUCUCAACAUGAAUCAGUAGAGAGGUAUAACUUAGAAAAACUCAAAGCAAGUAUGACUGAAGAAGAUCUUGCUGAAUUAGCUCGUGUGACAAGUGAGCUACAACUGAAACCUUCUGCACCUCUAAAAGCUGUUCCAAGAUUCUCUCUGAAGAACAUUUCUAAAAAACCUAUGCAAGUUCCAUUAGAGGUUGGAGAUAUCAAUGGGGUAAAAGUAUUGAAGCAUGACCUCAUCACAAAUGAUGUUCUGUAUGCUGACAUAGCUUUUGAUAUGAGUUCAUUGAAGCCUGAACUUCUUCCCCUUGUUCCACUUUUCUGCCGGUCAUUACUUGAAAUGGGUACAAAAGACGUAAAUGCCCUUCAGCUCAGUCAAAUGAUUGGAAGGGAGACAGGUGGAAUAUCAGUUUACCCUUUCACAUCAUCAAAGCAAGGUUCAAAGGAUCCUGUUAGCCAUGUAAUUGUUCGAGGAAAAGCCAUGUCAGCAAACACAGAAGCUCUAUUUAACCUGAUGACAUGUGUUCUUCAAGAAGCUGAAUUUACAAAUCCAAAGCGUUUCAAACGGUUUGUCUCUGAAAGCAAAGCUAAAUUAGAGAAUCAUUUAAGGGAAGGUGGUCAUGGGCUUGCAGCUACAAGGAUGAAUGCAAAAUUAAACCAUUCAGGAUGGAUUGCUGAACAGAUGGGUGGUGUCAGUUAUCUGGAAUUCUUGAAAGAUCUUGAAGGGAAAAUUGAAGAGAAAUGGAGUGAAAUUUCAAUGUCCCUUGAAGAAAUUCGCCAAACCCUCCUCUCAAAAAAAGGCUGCGUUGUAAAUCUCACAUCUGAUGGAAGAAACCUUAAAAUUUCAGAAAAAUACAUAAGAAAGUUUCUCAAUUCUCUUCCAAGUAAUUCCUCAGUUUCAUCAUCCAUUUCAAAUGCACAACUUCCAUCAAACAAUGAAGCGAUUAUAAUCCCUACUCAGGUGAAUUAUGUUGGAAAAGCAGCUGAUAUUUAUGAAAAUGGUUAUCAACUAAAUGGGAGUGCUUAUGUUAUAUCUAAAUACAUUAGUAAUACAUGGUUGUGGGACAAUAUUCGAGUUAAUGGAGGGGCGUUUGGUGGCUUUUGUGAUUUUGAUACUCGUUCAGGUGUUUUGUCAUUCCUAUCGUAUCGGGAUCCUAAUUUACUGAAGACACUGGAUGUAUAUGAUGGAACAUCUGAUUUUCUACGUGGACUUGAAAUUGACGAUAAUACCCUUGAGAAGUCGAUUAUUGGUACAAUUCAGGAUCUGGAUUCAUUCCAACUACCUGAUGCCAAAGGUUUUAGUAGUUUUUUGCGAUAUUUAUCGGGAAUUUCUGAAGAAGAUAGACAAGCAAGACGUGAAGAAAUAUUUUCAACAAGGUCAAAUGACUUCAAGGAAUUUGCGGACAUAGUUGACGCUGUUAAAGAUAAAGGAGUAAUUGUAGCGAUUGCUUCCCAAGCUGAUGCUGACGUGGCAAACAAGGAACGUUCAAACCUUUUUGAAAUGAAGAAAGUCUUAUAAGGUUGUUCUUCCACACUUACCUUUUUUUUUCACUUCUAUAUUUGAAGAUUUAAUUACAUUGCUAUAAAAGAGAAAUUUGGAAAGGACAUUGCUAUUUCUUUUUCUUUUGUACAUACAUGGGGUCUAAUAUCGGUUUUGCCACACAAAUUAGACAAUUUUGUGAGUGAUGACUUUAAUGUUGUGUGUGGGAGUCUGAUAAAAUUGAUGGUAAUCAAGUUGAAGUGAGGUUUAGUUAGAAUAAGCGGUUGUUCGAAUUCAAGUAGUUUCAUGAAAGUUGAGCAAAAUUGUAAUUUUAAGGUUUAUUUUGAAGUGAAUUCUUGAUAUUUGUUUUU